AUGUUCUCCAAAAUUGUGGCGUUGUUCGCUAUGGUGGCGACAUGCAAUGCAGGUUUCCUGCACCAUGCUCCAGCCGUAUCUCACAACGUAGUCCAUCACGAAGUACCUGCCCAUUACGCUGUCCAUGCUGCCCCUUCAUACCAUUCUGGUCAAGCGGUCCAUUCUGCACCGAUCCAUACUUCCGUAAUCCAUUCCGUCCCCUCAGUUCAAGCGGCUCCCAUUUCUCAUGGUGCUUCUCAUGGUCACGAGGAAGAUCAUUAUAUUGGUGAAUUCAUUGCAGUAGUUAGCAUUCUGGUGGCGGCAUGCCAUGCAGGCCUAGUUGAAGAGGGACAAGGUCAUGCCGUAUCAUCCCAGAGCAUUGUCCGCCACGACCAGCCCACUAAUGGUGCUACACACUAUGCCCCCAUUGUAGCCCAUGCCGCUCCAGUGUUAACCCAUGCCGCACCUAUUGUUCACCAUGCUGCUCCUCUGAUCCACUCUGGCCCCAUCGUUCAACAUGUAGCCCCCAUAGCUCAUGCAGCGCCCGUUCUCACUCACGCUGAACAAAUCGAAGACCACGCUCCCGCUCACUACGAGUUCUCGUACUCCGUUGACGACCCGCACACUGGUGACCACAAAUCUCAACACGAGAGCCGUGAAGGUGAUGUAGUUAAGGGAGAAUACACUUUGGUUCAACCUGAUGGUGCUGUCAGAACUGUCGAAUACACAGCCGACGAUCACAAUGGUUUCAACGCUGUCGUACAUAACUCUGCCCCAUCAGCCCAUGCUGCGCCAGCUCUGGCAGACCAUUCUGCCCCAGUGGUCCAUGCCACCCCAGUGGUCCACGCCGCCCCCGUGGUUCAUGCCCCAUUAGUUCACGCAGCCCCAUUGGUUCACGGUACACCCGUGAUCCACGCCACACCUAUCUUAGCUCACCAU